CUACCACCAGCCCCCAUGCAUGACCACCAUGCAGCCCUUCACAAUAUGAUGCAGGAAGCUGCAAUGCAAUAUGCAAUGAGGCCAGCCCCUCCCCUCCUCGGCCUCAACCGGUUCAUGGUGCACAGAUGAAGGAAAGACGGCUUCCACUGUAAAAAGAGAUAGGCGGUGUGUGCCUGUGCUUGUGCGUGUAUAGGUGGUGUGUGCCUGUGCUUGUAUGUGAGUAGUGCCUGUGUGACAGUGUAGGUGGUGUGUGUGCUUGUGCCUACGUGUAGAUGCAAUGGCUGCUAGCAAUCCACUAGACGAGUGGAGGAAGAGGUCAAAGUUCGACACGGGGGCCCUUCGAGAGCUCUUGUUUGGCAAAGAGAUUGUCGAUUACAAAACGAGAAUAUGGGACACGCUUAGCGCUGACCCGCUGUUUGGUGACCAUGGCAACGACCUCACUCUUCACAAGAAGAGAGAGUUGACCUUUCAACGGCUGCAGACUCUCUCUGGCCACGCCUUCCUCCCAGAUGAAGCCAUACUAGAGCAUCCACGCAUGCUCCUAGCAUUCAAUGAAGCCAUUCAAGUGAUGGACGGUAGUCUCCUUCCAGUCUACAUGCUCAAUGUUGAGGUGUUUGGUGGAGCUGUGAGGAGUUCUGGAACAAGUCGACACAACGAGCUCUUGGAACAAUGUCGUCAGCUCAAGGUGAUUGGGUGCUUUGCACUAACAGAGCUCUCUCAUGGUAGUAAUGCACGAGGCAUGCGGACUACAGCGACCUUUGACCCCACCACGCAAGAGUUUGUGUUGAACACUCCUGACAAUGAGGCUAUGAAAUGCUGGUCUGGUAACCUUGGCAACCUGGCCACCCACGCAGUGGUGUAUGCUCAACUGUACAUGUGUGAUGGAACUUGUCACGGUCUUCACUCCUUAGUGGUCCCCAUUAGAGAUCCACACACACACCUCCCGUUGCCAGGGGUAACUGUGGGGGACAUGGGACACAAGUUAGGACAGAAUGGAUUGGCUAAUGGGUUCAUGUGGUUUGAUAAAUAUCGUGUUCCUAGAGAAAGCCUUCUCAACAGAGCAGGAGAUGUGACUCAAGAUGGUCGUUACAUCACUCCGUAUAAGGACCCUAGUAAACGGUAUGGUGCAUCCCUAGGAUCACUAUCUGGUGGACGGGUCGGUAUAGCAGGGUUCUGCCGCACUAACCUCAUGUUAGCAGUUGUGACUGCAGUCCGAUAUUCUGCAAUACGUCGACAGUUUGGUCCCUCCCCCAAUCAAGAGCUUCCUGUCCUGACCUACCAACUCCAGCAAUGGCGUAUCUUGCCAUACCUUGCAGCCACUGUCGUUUUCACACACUUUCUCAACACUUUCAUUGAUGACUUCAUUGGCUUCACUGUAGCCAACUUUCUGGGAGAAAAAUCAAUCAGACAAGCUGAUCUUGGGAGAGAGAUUCAUGCUCUCUCGUGUUGUGUCAAGGCUUUGCUUGGCUUCACUGCUCGAGACGGUAUACAGGAAUGUAGAGAGGCAUGUGGUGGUCACGGAUAUCUGACUGUAAAUCGGUUUGGGGAGCUUCGUGACGAUCAUGAUCCCAACCUAACGUAUGAGGGAGACAACAAUGUGUUGUUACAACAGACUGCCAACUAUCUCUUGUCCUGGGUGUCUGGAGACACUUCUCCCCUGGGCACACUAGAUGUGCUCAACCACCAACAGUGUGGUCCCUUCCAACCGCCCACCACACACCUCACUAUAGAGAAUGCACUGGCUGCGUUCGUGUGGCUAGUCGGUUAUUUGUGGCGUGAGAGUAUAGACAAAACUGAGCGAGAGCUCAACACUGGAAAGGGUUCGUUCAUGGCCCAGGAGGACAGUAUGGUGUUCCAUUGCCACAGCCUGGGUCUAGUCUUCUCACAGUAUGUCAUGCUGUUACGCUACACUCAACUGCUGGAGGGACUAGAAGUUGACCAGACAAGACAAGUACUGACCACCAUUGGAAAUGUCUAUUCUCUGUGGGUUCUACACACACAUGCAGCCACACUGUAUCAAGGUGGAUACUUUAGUCGACCUGGUGAUGUACGCUGCCUCAGAGACUCACUCUUGCAUCACAUCACACUGCUGGUGGAGGAUGCAGUGAGUGUAGUGGAUGUGCUGGCCCCUCCAGACAAUGUCCUCAGAGCACCUAUUGGACUCAGCAAUGGACAGGUAUAUAAGAAUCUGACUGGAGCAAUGUUGUCCUCAUCUUCUGGAGCUCUGCAAAGGCCACCAUAUUGGAAGCAGAUUGUGAGCAGGCCUCAGGCAAAACUCUGACACUUUAUUAGGAUCAUGCUUGUACUACCUAGCUUAUAGUUCUAUGCUUAUGUUCAACUACUGCUGUUUAAUAACUAUUCGUGUACGCAUGUUAGUGGUACUGCACAUUCCAAUUGACAAAACAGAACUUGACAUAAUUA